UUAUCACAUGCCAGUUGUCAAAUUAGUAAAUAACAUUAAACUUCAGUGUUUUCGAAAUUCGGCAUUUGUAAGGAAAUAUUUAAAAAAUAAGAGACACGUUCAAAUUAUUAAUUACUUUAUUUAAUAAUUAUAUACUUUAUUUCAAACGCCAUGGAGGAAACAGUAACUAAUGCGUCGGAUGUUGAUAAUUUUAAGCUCAAAAGAUGUACAGAUUGGUUGCUUCAGCAGAAUAAUCCAGACAAGUUGACCCGACAGAAUCAGAAUGAUAUUCAGUUUAUUAUCGAAACGAAUGCCCAUAGAAAGAAAUUUUUCCUUUCCGCUGCAGAGGAUGAGGCAACAGUUCCAACUGGGGUCGAUGAAAACACAGUCGAACCGGCAACCGUGCCUUUGGCCCGUUUACGUAAAGACAAUAUACGGAUGGAGUGUGAAUGGCAAUCCUGCAGGAAGUUCUUCACUAACUAUGAAGUGUUUCAGAAGCAUGUAACAAAACAUGCCUCUGACUUACAUGUUAUUGAUAUGGAAGGUGAUGUGGACUAUGUAUGUCUGUGGGAUAUUUGCGGUCAUCGCACCAAGGACUUUGUUGAGAUGGUGCGUCAUAUUAGCUAUCACGCUUAUCACGCAAGACUUCUAGCCAUCGGUUACAACGCUCGAGCUACACUUAAACUGGACCAGUGUAAGAAGGACUCCAGCCGCCGUAAUAGACUACCCUCGCUGAAGUCCGAUCAUUGUUGUAUGUGGAUUGGAUGUUCGGAAACUUUUUUUUCUAUACAGACGUUUCUGGACCACAUGAAGCAUCAUAUUUUCUACUCCGACGACUAUCUCUGCUCGUGGGCCGGUUGUGGAGCGACCUUCACUAAGCGACAUUCCCUCGUACUGCAUCUGAGAUCACAUACACAAGAGAAAACCAUAGCCUGCUUCCAUUGCGGCAGACAUUUCACAUGUAACAGGAAACUUAGCGAUCAUUUAGCGAGGCAGAACGUAGACCCGUCGACGGGCUACCCGUGUAACAUGUGCGGCACCGUGCUGGCGAGCGCGUACCUCCAGCGCGAGCACGCCCGCCAGCACGUGUCGGCGUACGCGUGCACUCUGUGCGACAUGUCGGCGACCACCCCCGCCGCUCUCGCCCACCACGUGCGGUACCGACACCUCGCCGACCACGCCAGGAGCUUCGCCUGCCCGCAUUGUGUAUACAGAGCGGUGACUAAAUGUGAUCUGCGCAAGCACAUACUGACACAUACAAGAAAAGCAAAGAAAAAGACUAAAGACGAUAGCGAGGAUUCCGAUGUUUCUGAUGCAGAAGUCAAAAAGAAAAAGGAGCCAAAGAAAUACGUGUGUCACUUGUGUCAGAAAGACAGCAAGAUAUUCUCGCGCGGGACACGACUCACCACACACUUAGUAAAGGUACACGGAGCACAAUGGCCGUUUGGACACAGUAGGUUUAGAUAUCAAAUCAGCGAGGACGGCAUGUACAGGCUGACUACAACGAGAUUUGAAGUUCUAGAAGUCUCCAAGAAGAUUGUUGACGGCUACAGCGGUCCUAAGGAAUCACUGACUAAUACAUUCGAAUUCGAUCUGAAACAGACGGCGGACGCCACGGAGACCACGCCCAAGAGGUUCGAAAUAACCUUGAAGAAUACCAACAAGAGUGACGAGGGAGGCUGCAAGCAGGCCGGGGCUGUGGAGAUAAUGAUGUGCGAUGUAGACCAACAAGGAAACAUUAUAAGCACCGAGACCAUUAAGUCUGACGUUGUUUAUACCUAAACGUUAUAUAAUAUUACGUGUUAGUAAUAAAAAAUAUAAAUAAUAAGAUAACUUUUAUUGAAACAAACAAAAUGAUAAUAAAAUCUUUUAUAUUAUGAAAA